GAAAGGUGGCUUUUAUACAUGGAGACGACACGGAACGGCCAGCAACUGAUCACCGGCUGGGGUGGCAGGAGCAGCAGCAUGAAGGCCUUAGCAGUGUUCAGUGUGGUGGUGGUGGUGUGUCUGCUGCCGCUAGUCUCAAGUCGUCACACGGCAGUACUGCGCAGCCUGACCAAUGGUGAGGAUGCCGUCCAGCCAGCAAAGCGGGGCUACUUUUGGCCUCUGGACGUCCAUCCUACAUAUUGGCCACACCCUCCCAAUCAGGAUCAAAACAACUGGCCGCCCGGUGAAGAUGACAGCACGUCCCAGCCACAGCCUGAGGAGGGAGGCUCGUCCUGGCCACAGACUGAGGAAGAAGACCCGUCCUGGCUACAUCCUGAGGAUGAAGGCCCGACCUGGCCACAGCCUGAUGAGGAAGAAUCAUCCUGGCCACAGACUGAGGAGGAAAGCUCGUCCUGGCCACAGACUGAGGAGGAAAGCUCGUUCUGGCCACAGACUGAGGAAGAAGACCCGUCCUGGCUACAGCCUGAGGAGGGAGGCCCGAUCUGGCCACAACCUGAAGAGGAAGGAUCGUCCUGGCCACAGCCUGAGGAGGAAAGUUCGUCCUGGCCACAGCCUGAGGAGGAAGGCUCGUCCUGGCCACAGCCUGAGGAGGAAGGCUCGUCCUGGCCACAGCCUGAGGAGGAAGGCUCGUCCUGGCCACCGAAGGAAAUCUGGUUCUUGUUACCAUUGGGAAACGGAAACUGCUUUUGGGUGCCGAUGUUGACCUGGAACUGGGUGCCUCCUCCCUUUGAGAACGAGAGCUGGGUGCCUCCUCCCUUUGAGAACGGGAGCUGGGUGCCUCCUCCCUUUGAGAACGGGAGCUGGGUGCCUCCUCCCUUUGAGAACGGGAGCUGGGUGCCUCCUCCCUUUGAGAACGGGAGCUGGGUGCCUCCUCCCUUUGAGAACGGGAGCUGGGUGCCUCCUCCCUUUGAGAACGGGAGCUGGGUGCCUCCUCCCUUUGAGAAUGGGAGCUGGGUGCCUCCUCCCUUUGAGAACGGGAGCUGGGUGCCUCCUCCCUUUGAGAAUGGGAGCUGGGUGCCUCCUCCCUUUGAGAACGGGAGCUGGGUGCCUCCUGCCUUUGAAAAUGGGAGCUGGGUGCCUCCUCCCUUUGAGAACGGGAGCUGGGUGCCUCCUCCCUUCGAGAACGUGAGCUGGGUGCCUCCUCCCUUUGAGAACGGGAGCUGGGUGCCUCCUUCCUUUGGGAACGGGACCUGGAAGCCUUCUCCCUUUGGGAAUGGGAGCUGGGUGCCUCCUCCGUUUGGAGAUAGGAGCUGGUUGCCUCCUCCCUUUGGGAAUGGGAGCUGGUUGCCUCCUCCCUUUGGGAAUGGGAGCUGGUUGCCUCCUCCCUUUGGGAACGGGAGCUGGGUGCCUCCUCCCUUUAAGAACGUGAGCUGGAUGCUUCCUCCUUUUUGGAAAGGGAGCUGGAAUGGGAGCUGGGUGCUUCCACCCUGUGGGAACGGGAUCUGGAUACUUCCACCACUGGGAAAUGGAAGCGCCCUGUGGCCGCCUAUGGGGAACGAAAACUGGCCUUGGGAACCCACUGAAGAUGAAGGUGAAGCCUGGGAUUGGCCCCUCGAUGAAGAAGGAAGUUGGUUUCCCUGACGAUGAUUAGCCCUGGCAUCUUCCCUUCCCAUCCAGCAAUUAGGGUUGUCAAGAGUACGGAACGAACUGCGAUAUUAUGCAAGUUAGACCGAGUAUGAAAACUUACAAGUGUUCUAGAAAGCAUCCAUCUCCCGAACGUGACGUAUUGAGCACAGCGUCAAUCUCCUCCCUGCUCGCCGCCGCCGCCACCGCUGCCUCAUUACCUAUCUCAGACUCGCACGGCCGCGGCCACUGACACCACUUAACUUGUGACGGGAAAAGGAAUAUUUCAUUUUUAUUCCGUUUUUUCUCCCUUUUUUUUCCAAAAUUAUAAUAAAAACGAAUGCAAA